AUGGACAUGAACAAUCCCAAGAUCGGCCCCGUCUGCAAGUUCAUUCUCGACCCGAAAGGCUCCAUGAAGAACUCCAUUGCGGACGGUCUGGAUAACAUCUACAACAAUCGGACCUCGAACCAGCCGUUCCCAGGAUACAGCUCGUCGGCGAAUGAUCAAUCAAUCAUCCAUCAGCCGCAUUCUCACGGUGCUGUGCCGCCGUCCGAUCUGAGUUCUCUUCUCCCGCCUGAAGGCGACUGGGAGAGUCCUCGGCCAAACAGCGCCCAUCCGGUUGCGUCGCGCGUUCCGACACCGGCCCUGCCUCAGCAGCAGCAGCAGCAGGAUUCCUCUCAGCUUCUCGCACCGUCACAGCCAUCAGAGCAAUAUACGCAUCCCCAGAGAGGGAGGUCACCUUCCUCUGCGUCGGCAUCGGACCACGAACGACACGGCGUGUCGUCUUCCCCUCCGCAGCAUCGCGGAUCGAUCGAGCAGCAGCAGCAGCAUGCCCUUCCCCCUCCUGAGAUCCAUGUCAAGGGGCCAAGUAGUACUCACUCAGAAUACAGCCAUGCAACCGAACGAACGCACAUCCGUCACCGGUACCAUCAGCUGGUCGCGCGGUUCGAGACGCUGAAGUUUGCGUACUACACUGCCAAGAUCUACCUGUGGACGGACAUUUUCGAAGAGGAGAUUGUUGCGACGCUAAGAAGGAAUGCAGAUGCAGGUGGCGGCAGCGAAGCACAAUUGCAGGACUAUUUCGGGCUCUUGGGGCUGGAAGCGGAGUCAGCGAAAAAGUCAGCGAAGAAGGACGCUGAUCAGUCUGACGAGGAGGAAAAGUCAUCGUCGACAAGAGUCUCGAAGAAGGAACAUAACGACUACGAUUCCGAUAAUAGUGAUGAGAACUCCUCUGGGAGUGAAUCCGCGUCGACUGGCAGACAUUCCCAUUCCCAUUCGCAUUCCCAUUCGCAUUCCCAUUCGCAGCAAGCACCACCGAAAGGAAUAUUGAAAAAGACGGUUUCGUUUGAUAGUUCGGUGAAGAAGGGGAGUAGUGGUACAGGAAUAGUCAAAACUCAGAUGAGCGCAUUUUGCCAAAAUCUUAAUGUGAGAUGGAACUUCCAAGCCAGUCGUUCAGCUUGCAGUGAUGUGAUAUCGAGAAAUGGCGCCGUUUCAGACCUGGCUGUUGGAGCGAGACUGAAGUCUAUGCUCGCGUGA